AUGUCAAACAGAACCCUCCUCCUCAUCGGCUCCGGCCCUGGCAUCGGCGUUGCUGUUGCAUCCCUCUUUGCCCAGCGAUAUUUCGACAACAUCGCUCUCUUCGCACGAAACCCUGGCCAGCUGGAGAAAGACCGGGAGGCCAUACUCGCUGCGGCGCCGAGCGUCAACUGCAUUGUCACUGUGCAGACCUGGCAGGUGGAUAUUAGCGAUCUACGCCGUCUGGAAGAGGCACUCGCCGAGGUCGCACAAUUCGGGGAUUUGGAAUGUGUGUAUUUCAACGCGGCGCGGGUAGCGCCCAGCCCCUUGUUUGAGUUUCCAGUUUCGGGUAUUGAGGAGGAUUUCAGAGUGUCUAAUCUCGCUCUCUAUGCGGUAGCAAAAUGGGCGAUGCCGCUCCUCUGUGCGAAAGCAGCGGCUGGGACGGACUGCCGACCAUCGUUCCUUGUCACGACUAGCUUGCUCACAGUUGAUCCCAUUCCGGAGCUCUUUGCGUUGUCUAUGGUGAAGGCCGCUCAGGCUAAUCUGGUCAAGUCGUUGGAUAAAGUAUUCACCCCGCAGGGUGUGCAUGUUGGCUUGGUGGUGGUGGGCGGGGCUGUAUCUCCAUCAGCACCAGCGCUGAAUCCAAAGAACAUUGCUGAGCAAGCUUGGAAUCUAUUCGCUCAGAAAAGAGAGGAUUGGACGGGACAGGUGACCAUCUUGGAGGAUAAGCUGGUAGAUUGGGAGCCUUCCAUUUGA